AUCAAACUCAUACUCAAUAGUAAAUUUCACUUUUAGUAAUAGGUAUGGCUAUACAUUGCCAAUUGCUAUUUUCUACACUAUGUUACGGAAUUGUUUUCGUAUGCAAACUUAUUGAAAUUGGUACCAUUGCGUACCAAAAGUCUUCAGAGAAAAAAUGCUAUUUGUUUGCGAAACCUGAAAAUGAUCCGCCAUCAGCCUUGCCCUGUACCAUUAGCAUUUAUAUUAGUGGAGGGACAUCAGUUUAUGCUUUGAUUAUGGCAAUUUAUCAUGGAUGUGGAACUGUAGCUGCAUACAAAGAAAACCAUAUAGGAAGAUCUAUGUGGGUAAUGCCAUGGCUUUUGUUGAAUUCUUUUGCUUUGAUUAUUACAUUUUCUUGUGCUUGUGUUUAUUCUGUUGGACUCUACAUAUCAUGCUCAAAUACUCCAUCUGUUCUUCCAAGUACUGGAAGUUGUAGUAUGAAGACAUCCUCUUAUCGUGUAAUGUUUACAGCAGAAAUUUCAAUAUGGAUUACCGUCUUGCUCUGGUGCAUAUUGAUUGCUUUAGAAGCUGUAAGAUUAAGGAGAAAUCAACGUGCUCGAGCAGAGAACACUUAUGUGGACCCGGUUGAGCCAACUACAGCUGAUGAUGUACCUAUCAGUGAACUGAAAUCUACGGCUUGA